CUCACGCCCGCCGAGCCGCCCGCCGCCGAUAUAUUCGGCUAAUAGAUCAAUAAUAAGGAGCGCACCAGCAGCGUAAUGGAGCCGUGAGCUGCGAGGACCUUUCCCGAGGAGCGAGACCACGCGCCCUUGCCGCCGAGAGGACCCGCCGGGAUCCGCCGACCACGCCGAGGGGAACGCCCGCCGAGACGACGCUUACCUCUUGACCGUGAGGACUGCUCCGGGCUAACCAGAGAAUCCGCUGCCUGCCAUCUGGGUCGGCGACGUAGUUGGCUGAGAAACAGCGUGACGACUUCAUCGAGGAGUCCCUAAGUGGCGGAACGAUUUACGGAGGACUAGGAAAAGGCAGACUGUGACCGUGGCCUGAGGUUCUGCCGAGAGACGAACACUGAUCGAUCGAUCGCGAGUGCCGUUCCAUGACCCGGGCCAGUGCUUUAACUGGCUGUACCAUAAAGUGUUUCUGGACUUUGGGAAGAAGACCGACGUGCAUACUGGCCAUGUGACUGGGCUGUGAAAAAGAAAGUUUAUCAAAAAGUAGUACGGUGCACAGUAAGGGGACAACUGGAACGGCGAACGCUGACCGAUCGAUCGCUAACUCGAUAUUUAGGCCAUACCUGUAAUCUACCAGCUAUAUUGCUAGUGAUAUCUAUCACUGGCGACGUAAAGAAGCUUCAGAAGGUGAUUUUUCUCGAAAUAAAUAAAGAGAAACUAAGAUGGUAGAACAGUUGACAUACGACAAGCUAACCUGAAUCUCGAAUGUGCCUCGGUGGUCGUGGCGGAGCCGAUGCCAAGAGUUGGACCCUGAGUUUCUCUUGCCAUAAAGUAUGCGUCUAGGCUCACCAUGUCUGUGUGCGUUAGACUACCUUACUCUGAAGGGCUGCGGAUGCGCCAAUAAGAAUCUUAGGGCAUUGAAGGGACACCUUCUCUUUGCUCAGCAGAAACCACAUUUUCCAGUUGUUAAAUACACGGCCAGCUAUGUAGCGAGUAUUUCCUCUUGGAUAUUGUCGGACGAUGUCCGCUAGCCAAGAACCGGGGGCGCGAGAGCAGAAAUGGUUUUAAGGUGCGCGCAGCUCACCUGCAUGUGCCUCGUACCACUAGCUCACUCGACGUAGUAGAAUGGCACAACGAGGCAAGAGGAUCAACAGAAACGACAAUGACUCGGCGUCUUGCCCAGGCGCUAUCAAGCGGCGCAAGUGCAGGUUGGGACCGGCUGUCGCAGGCUCUGUGGUGCCCACGACGACCCUGGGACCCUCCGAAGAGGAGGAAACGAUGGCGUCGUCCAGUCAAGGGGGGGCAUCCUGGACCCCCCGACCGCUCAGUGACAUUAAGAUCUCGAGCAUAUACAACCGGUCCGCAGCGGAGGCUCCUGCCGAGUUGUUUCGCAAAGACUUGAUUAGUGCUAUGAAGUUACCGGACAGCGAGCCCCUCAGUCCCAAUGAAUAUUGGGUGAUAACCGAUCAAUGGAAGCAGGAGUGGGAACGAGGGGUUCAAGUGCCGGUCAAUCCAGAUUCGCUUCCAGAACCAACAGUGACUGUUACGCAAACUACACCUCUUAACAAGUUACAUGGUGAAUUUAAAUUGCCGAAAAAGUUUAUUAGAAUAUCCCGGGACGAUUACUUCAAUCCUGAAGAGCACCACUUAAGUACCACCCCAGCUCGCGCCGAAAAGGCUUGCGCUUACGACCUAGACGACACCGAUAUCGCGUGGCUUGAUGUAUUGAACGGAGAGAGAGCGCAGGCUGGUCAACCGUCAGUGUCCGAGUCUCAGCUAGAACGUGUGAUAGAGGAGCUGGAGGUUCGAUGCUGGGAGAGGAUACAGACGAUAGUAAAGAACGAGGAGGGUCUUGGCAUCGAGUACGAUGAAAAUGUCAUCUGCGAUGUGUGCAGAUCGCCGGACUCCGAGGAAGGCAAUGAGAUGGUCUUCUGCGACUGCUGCAAUAUUUGCGUGCACCAGGCGUGCUAUGGGAUCACUUCGAUACCCGAUGGCUCCUGGCUGUGCCGAACUUGUUCGCUGAGCCAGCGACCGGAUUGUGUUUUAUGCCCAAACAAGGGAGGUGCAAUGAAGUGUACACGUAGUGGCCAGAAGUGGGCUCAUGUGUCCUGUGCUCUCUGGAUCCCUGAAGUCAGCAUCGGUUGUGUCGAAAGGAUGGAGCCGAUCACCAAAAUCUCCAGUAUUCCGCAAAGUCGAUGGGCACUAAUUUGCGUGCUCUGUCGCGAGAGGGUCGGCGCUUGUAUCCAGUGCAGUAUAAAGACGUGCAAGACGGCUUAUCACGUCACCUGCGCCUUCAAGUACGGACUGGAAAUGAAGGCGAUUAUCGAGGACGAGAUGGCAGACGAUGGGGUCAAGCUGAGGUCGUACUGUCAGAAACACAGUAGAACGAACACGAAGGAUAAAGUCGGGGUCGGAGGAAGCACGGGGAGCGGAGGCGGAAAGGGAAACUCGGAUUCCGAGGACGGGGAGUCUAGGAGGCGGAAACGCAAGGACAUGACUUCCGAGGAGAAGAACCAAGCACGUGCGGCCAAAUUGCAAGAGAUCGAGGCUGAAUUCGACAAGCACGUCAGUCUGAAGGAUAUCGCUUCCCAGCAGCUGGACAUCGACCACGACGGGAUCGUUUACAUCUACAACUAUUGGAAACUCAAGAGAAGAGCCGGCCACAACAAGCCGCUUCUGGCACCUCGGUGCGGCGAACUCUCGGGGGCGGGAGCUGGGGCGCGGGCCCAGGGACAGGCGGCGGACCUGGAGAAGAUGCGGACGUUCGUCCAGCUUCGCCAGGAUCUGGAGCGCGUGCGUAACCUCUGCUACAUGGUGGGUAGACGGGAGAAACUGUGCAGGACGUUCCUUCGCCUCCGCGAGCAGACCUUCCACAAACAGGCCCUGGUGAUGUGCGGCCCCCUGACCCCGGCGGCCGCGGCGGCGGUCGUCGAGGCGAACCACGGGCCGUCGAUCUACGACCGACUCUACUCGCACCCGGACUCGGAGGACCAUACGCGCGACUUCGAGACGAUCGUCGCGAGGAUCGCGGGCGUGAAGUCACCGACGCCGGUGUCGAGCGACGAGAAGAAACCUAGGGCCGACUUCAACGGGGCGUCAAGCAAGCGGCUUUACUUCAACGGGUCGGUGAGGCGGCGGAGCCUCUACGGGAGCGACCUGUCGUCGAUGAGUGGCAGCGAGACGGAGACGGCGAGGCCGACGGUGAAGACGGAGGUGAAGCCGAAGGUGCCGAAGGACCCGAAGGGAACAACGGACUCGAGCGCCGAGGACGAGCGAGCCGUGGUGAGGUCCAAGGGCCGACGGCGACCCAGGCGAGCCGGGGCCCCGGAUCGACCCGGGGCAGGCAGCGGCAACGAGAAGCCGGACUCGUCGACGGUCACGGGCUCGCGGACCCUGCAGCACAUGGAGAGGGAGCUGGGCAGCGCCUCGGGUAGCGAGAGCGACGAACUGCUGCCUCGCAGCGCAGGACCUGGGGCCCGGUUGGGCCCCUCGGCCGCCGCCGCCAUCUACUCGGACACCGAUUCCGACUCCCAGGGAGAGCAAGCCUCGCAUUCGGCUGUCCUGAUCACGAAGGCCGCGGUGAAGCAGUUCUCCGCGGCCGACAACGCGAAGAACAACCAGAAGAGCUUCUCCAGCAAGGAGGGCGUGCCGGGGGCGACGACGGAGGACGGGCCCGGGACCAAGGCGCCGGCCAAGCGGAAGGAGUGCAUACCUUCGGCGCUGAUCGUGCCCCAGAGACAGGCGGCGAAGAAGGCCUCCGAGAUCAUGCAGCGUGCGCAGAGCAAGCGCGAGCCCUCCGGCGACGUGCAAGAGACGGCCAGGUCGCCAGCCGAGGAGGCCCGGGUGCCAACCAAGCCUCGCGACCGGCAUCAGGCUAAGCCUCGGAAGGAGGCUCCUCCACCCAGGGUAUCGCGGGAUCCCCGGAACAACGACGUCUACGACUUCGAGAAGGAGGCCGGGGAUGGGAGCGAGAUCCUGGCUUAUGUACCGCAGCGGCAGGCCGCGAAGAAGGCCGCCGAGCACAUUAAGAGCGGCCUCGGGACCAAGGCGCCGCCCAGCGAACCCGAGGUCCCGCCCGAGAGGGAGAGGCCGAAGAAGGAGUCACCGGACGCGAGGAGAAGCACCGUCGUCGUCACGGCGUCCCCCAGAAAACCGCGCAAGCCGCCCACGGAGACCAGGGCUGCGUCGGCGCCGUCGAGCAACAGCGAGACCACCUCCAGCAGCAGUUGCUCCAGCUCCUCGGAUAGCAGCAGUGAGACCGACGAGGGCAGGGCCCCUGCGAGGGGACCCGCUGGGGAGGCGCCGGUCUGCGGCUCGACCAGCUCCUCCUCCGAGAGCGAGGCCGGGCAGCAGCGUGCUAAGGCCCUGGCGAAGAAACCCGUCCAGGGUGCGGACGAGGCGACGGGACCCGAGAGAAAGCUGGCGGCCGGCCGGAAACCGAAACGGCUGCCCGAGAAGAAGCUUAAAACUUCCGACGGGCGGCGUGGACCCGAGUUUCAGCCGCCGACUUCUCAGAGAGGUGAACCAGGUGGAGGCCCCCCGACCAAGGAGCAGCCCCAGCAUCACCACCAGCCGAAGAGGGCGGACCACCGCGAACCCGGGAGAAAGCCCCUGCCUGUUCCGCAGCAACAGCAGCAACAUCACCAGCAACAUCAGCAUGCCCCCGCCCAGGUCGGUGCACCUGGUGGGCCUGGAGAUCAUGAUGGGUUGCGAGGUCUACCUGCGCCCAAGCCUGCCAAGAAGCCUCCGAGCCAGCAGCCCCCCAUCAAGCAGACCCACCAGCCCCCGGCAAAACCCAAGGACGACGCUUCGGGGCCAGGAGGGCCCCCGCCUACGCCGGGAACCCCCACGGCGACCUCCAGGUCGAAGCCGGAGGCUCGUAAACGAAAAUCGAGCGAGUUGCCCCAGCAGAAGGAGGAGAGGUCCGGGAAGGACGUUCCUGCGGUCAAGAAGGUAGAGAGGAGGCCGGUCGUCAACGAGAGGUCGAAGGAACCCGAAAGGGAAAAGGAACCGGUGAACAGGACCGAGGUCAAGGUCUCCGAGGAGGAGCCCAAGGUAGUCCAACUUGGGACGACUAACGUAGAGGAGAGGAAACCACCGAAGAAGACCACCACCAGCAGCAGGAACUCGAUCAACACCCUGGAGGAGGAGAUGAAGCAGCGCAGAGCGGAGCGGGACAGCCCGAAGAAGUCCUCCAGGGGCUUGGAUAAGCUCCUGGAGAAGCGAGAACACCUAGACAAGCUGUCGAAGGCCAAGGGCGUGGAGGUGAAGCCCGAAAAGGGUCUCGGCCUGGAGGUAACCCCGAAGAGGAUGCCGAGCUUGCCGACGAAGGUCGGCGCGUCCAAUGAGGUGAAGAGCGAGGACAGAAAGAACCACGUCAGCGAGGACGGUGUCUUCGAGGUCGGCGAGCUGGUCGAGGAGAAGUCGAAGAGGGACGAGGUCCUCACCCAAGCACCCGGUCGACCCGUGGGUCCCGAAGAGAGGAGAAAACUAGAGAAGACGGAGGCGCUACCCAUCGGGAACGUUGUCGUCUGCGAGGAGAUCUCCGUCCCCAAUACGCUGAACGCUCUAAACACCCUGAACACCCUGAACACGUUAAACACCCUGACCGCGUUAGGAGCCCUGAACACCUUGGGCGACAAUGGGGCGAAGGAACCAACGGAGAGGGCCCUGCCCAGGCCGCUUCCCACCGAAAGGCUGGAGGUCGAGCAGGAGGGUCAGAAAAGGCGCAGGUCGGUCAACCGGUCCAUCUUCUCCCCCCAGCACGUCGGCAAGGAUCCGAGUGUGUCCGAACUCUUCGACUUUGACCAAGACAUCCUGACCGACGACAUGGUCAACGACGACGGCUUCGGAAUGCCGCGCGACGCGGAAGAACGGACCGCCCCUCUUUCGUUCUCCUUCAACAACGAACUCUGGUUCAAGGAGGACUCGAAGGAGGACAGCGCCCGGGAGACCCUGCACCUGGUGGAGAAGCUGAGGAUGGAGCUCUCAAAGAAGUCGAAUUCUAGUCAGUUCGAGCUGGAGGCCGUGGGGCCAGAGGAGGGCGUGAAGAAGGAGGAAGAGGCGGUAGUGCCGAUAGGGCAAGGAGAGCCCGAAGACCCCGAAGAGCCGGAGGAGCCGCAGAGGGAGGAGGGACGCGCCCUCCCGGAAGAGAAGACCCCGCCGAAGACGGAGCCGCUCCCUCCGUACGGCCCCGACGAACUGGGGCCCGCUAAAGUGGGCGCGGCCGAGCGCGAGAAACUGGAUCGAGGAGAGGCAGACGAGCGGUGGGUGCCCCCGAGCGCGACACUGGAUCCCGGGCCCGUGGCCCUGGGAGCCCUAGUGGACAGCCAGGCCCAUCGGUACCCGGGCCCGGAGGUCGAGGAGCCGGCCCACGCGCACCUCGUCCAGGAGCGAUACCAGCUGAUGCAGCUGGCCCCCCACCCGGGAGGCCCGGGUCUUCUGGAGCAGGCCACCGGGCCCGUCGUUGCCGACGAGAUAGCUCACCAUCACCAGCUGGGAGUUGGCGGCGGUAUGCACCCCCAGGUGCAUCCCCAGGAGGAGGAAGAGGAGGAGGAGGAGGAGCGGGCCCCGGAGCCGGAACGGGCCCUGGAGAGGGAGGACCUCGGGGUGGAGGUGCGGCAGGAUUACGGACAGGACACCAGGUGGGCCGAAUCGCAGGUGCUGCCCUCCCGGCGCUCCACUUCCUCGUCCAUGACCUCGGCCUCCUCGGCGGAGGAGCACCCGGCCAUGCCGGCCUACAAGGGGCCUCUCGGGCCCCCCGUGCCCUUCCCCGUGGAUGCCGGGCCGUACCACCCCUACCCCGAGUCCACGUCCUACGCGGGUCCCGUUUCCCUAUUCCCGCCGCAGUCCUGUGCCGCGGCGCUUCCUUACCCCAGCCCUGGAGCCGCCAUGUUCCCUCCACCCUUCGGAGCCCCCUUCCCUACGCCCCCGACCAUUAUGCCCCACGUGCCGAAGCCGCUCGAGGACUCGCUCAACCUGCAGGCCUCGCCCUGCACCGCCGCCUUUACCUCCUCCUCGCACAACAUGGCCCUGACCGCCGCCAUGGUCUCUCCCACCAAGAUCCCGACCCCGCCACCCGGGCCGCCGCCACAGGUGCAGCAGGUGCCGCAGGCGCUGCACCAGACUCACCAGGAGGAGGCGGGCCCGACCGAGCCGGCCGAGUCGCCAGCCCUGGGCCUGGGGUUCCUGGCCGGCGCCGCCGAGGCCCCGCUGCCCGAGGGCCUCCAGGAGGCCCCCUCGGGGGGCAAGACUCCCCAGUCGGGGAAGAAGUCCCCGGCGAAGCCCACCAGAACCUCGGCCCGGGUCACUUCGCUGCAGGGCAAGUCCCCGGGAAAGUCGCCCAGGCAGCAGGAGGCCCCGAGGGCCGCGUCCGGGAACCGCGGCCGCGGAAGAGGGGCCAAGGGCUCCCAGCAGGCCGGAUACCGCGGAAGGGGGAGAGGGCGGGGCAGGGGCAGGGGAAGGGCUCACCAGAACGCCUGCUCGGGCCCGGUCGUCGCUGCCGCUGCCAACGCCCUCCACGGGGACGAAUCCAUCCAGAGCAAGCUCCUCGGCACCGUUUACGACUUCGACUCCGACGAGGACUCCACCAGCGAGGCCAACAUCGCCGACCUGAGGACUAUGCGAGAAAGGAAGAAGUCGACGGAGGCAGGCGAGAGGAGGGACGCCAUGGGGGGGUCUGCCGAGGGCGUCCACCAGGCGCACCUGCUGGGUAGCCCUCAGACAGGCCUGCUGAGGAGGCACGAGGGCUCGCCCGCGGCCAGAGAGACCGGCACCCUGGCGGGGCCCGAGGCCUUCUCGGACCCCGCGGCCGUGAUGCCCCUCCUACCGGGUCCCGUCGACAUGAGGACCUACAACUCGGCGGCGGAAGCUCGGAGUACAUCCCUCCACGGGCAGACCUACGGGAACCACCUUCUGGGCGCCUUCGCCGCCGGCUCGGCGGACCAGACCCUACCGGACCUGGAGGAGGACCUCGAGAAGGAGCUGCGCUCGGCCCUGGCCGGCGAGCAGCGCGGGGCGCCCGAGGCACCCUCGAGACCCGGGGUUCCACCUGGCCUGGAGGGCCCCCCAACUGGCCCCGGAGACCCUGCCGACAGGGUCUCCCUUACCGACUCCCGCAACCAGCUCAAAGUCAAGAUCAAGGGCCCCUUCCUGGACGCCAACUACGUGCCGGCCUCGGCCGUCCCUCCGCUGGCCCAGCAGGCCCCUGCGGUCAUCACCCCCGCCGCCACCAGCGCCUCCGUCGCCUCCGGCACCUCGAAUUUGAGGCGCAUGAGAAAGAAGGAGCUUCUUCGGCAGUACUGCUCCCAGGACAUGAACAUGGACGAGCCCGGGGUCGGGAACGUCGCCUCCGCCCCCGCGCCCAUCAACCGCACGGUGAUCACCAUCCCCAAGGCGGUCGCCUCGAUGACCAGCAUCCCCACGAGGGAGGACUACAAGGCCGUGGUGGACGCGAACAUGGAGAAGGAGCGAGGAGGGUAUCUCGACCCCGCGGACGCCGAGGAGGGGGCGGGCCAGGAGAGGCGCCGCGGCGCCCCUCCGGGGACCGUCGAUCGGCGGCGCAGGAGGCAGCCCAAGCCGACCCCGGCGACCGCCUCCGCGGCCGCCGUCGCCGCUCCCAACGCCGCGCCUCCCAAGCUCAAGAUCAAGUUCGGCAACAGCGUGAUCGGGCAGGACCAGGGCGCCCAGGAAGCCGACCGGUCGCGCAUCAGGCCCCCCAAGAAGCGGCUGAGCAGCAUCCCCAGCAGCAUGCCCAGUAUCGAGGAGCUGAAGCGCGAGAGCAUGAAGUUCCGCCGCAUGAUCAUGGCCGGAUUCGACAACGACGAGCGGGCCAAAGUGAAGAGCAAGAAGCUGAAGGACAAGAACGGCCGCCGGAGGAAGAAGCAGUCGAGCCGGAAGGAGGGCCGGGUGCAGAUCCUGCAGGACGGGCCCGCGGCGCCCCCCAAGCUGAUCAUCAGGCUGGGGAAGGGCCCCGACGACGCCCCUUCGACGCCCUCCGUCCACCUGGAGGACCGCGACCGGGCCCCCGCCGAGGACCCCCCGAGGCCCGAACCCCCCGAGGACCGCGUGGGCCCGCCGCCCCCGGCCCCCGAGCCUGCCGAGCCCCGGCCCCCCUAUCCCCCGGAAACUGAGGCCAUCCUCGACAAGCCGACCCCCACCGACCCCGACGCCCCCGCCGCCGCCCCCCUCGGCAACGUCCGCGCCGCCAAGGUCACACCCAUCAGGUUAAAACUCACCAGGUGCCACGAGGGCUACGAGCUCAAGGCCCCCCCGCCCCUCGCGGUCAACGCCACCCCCGCCAACUCCGAGGACUCCCCCGGGACCAGGGCCAACUCGCUGCCCCCGCCGCCCCCCGGAUCCCGACCGAACGCCGGGGCCCCUGACGCCGACGCCCCCAGGCCCCCCGAUCCCCCGGAGGGGGUCGGCCCUCCCCUCCUCGCUCAGCCGACCAAUCGCAACUCUCCCGGCUGCCCCCCUACUCCGCUACCGCAAGGAUGCCAAGUUAGGUGAUAAUUAAUGAUAAUCGUGUAAUAUAUAUGGACUCUGCGGAUUUUUUUCUCUUCGAAUUAGGGGACGCUUCCCCGCCCGCGCGUGCGCCUCCUGGUGUGGCCGGAUAUGCGCCUGCGCGCGCGGGGCUUGCGUGCUUACGUAGAUAUCGAUAUAACGCGAGCGGAUGACGUAUGGCGGACGGAGGGACGUGCGGGAAGACUACACCCUGGACGCGGUUUUUUCGUUUCUCGGGUCUUUAGGUUGUCUCCUUGUUGUAAUAUAAAUUAUUGACGCUGUACAGUUUCCGAGGGUGAAGUGAAAUGUCACAAAGUGCCCAAGAAUUCACCAUAAUAUCGAUAGCCUGUGCAUUUCGGAGGAGAAAGAUAGAGAGAGUGACGGGACGUCGGGACGACGCUCGUUGUUUAUUGUAUACUCAGGGCUUGCCUGGUCGGUUGUUCGAAAGUGGAGAUGAUCGUUGAUUAUCGAUUAUCCAUUGUCGAUGUGACGGAUACGAUGCUUCUUUUUUUUUUUUCCUUUUUUUUUCCAGGGAUUUUCCGUUAUCAUUACUUUCCCUUUAAUUUAUUUAAUUUUCUAGGUCCAGAUUUUAUGGAGGGAUUUUAUUCCACUUAGCGUGGAUUAUGUGUAUCAUAUUUUAGAUAACGAAUUAUGACGAGUCGCUUUUAAAUGUCUUUUGUCGAGGGCGUAUGUAUCUUCUUUUAUUUUUUCCUCCCCACUUUCUUCUCUUUUGAACGACCGAUUAGGAACCCGUGCGGAGACGCUCGAUCGUAGUUGCGACUUCUCGUGAGAUAAAUGCGCUUCCUUAUGGAUAAGGACCCUUAUUGGCGAAACAACGUGGGUGGAUUGGGGAAUCUUCCCGUCGAGUCUGGGAGAGAUCGAAGAUCGAGACCUACUCAACGAGACGAGUCUCUUCUCGACGGUCGCCACUCUCCCUGGGAAUUACCCUGUACAAAACGUUCUUCACGAGUCGCUGCUUAAAUCGUGAUUUUUAAACCCUAGGUACAUUUAUUUAUAUAUUUGUAUAUAUAUACGCAUAUAUAUAUAUACACAUAUAUAUGUGAAUUUUAAUACGAUGGAGGUCGCUCGCGGCGCGAUCUUUCCGAGGGCUGUCGAUCGACGUGUAAGAGUCACUAAACAUGGUCAAAGGCCUGAGAGUCUCGGCGAGUCGGUUUCUCGAAUUUCAUGGGGCCUUUCUUCUGUUCCAUUAAAAUUACAUGAUUUUUCUCACACCGAUUAAAGCUUGAAAUUCGGAAAGGAAGGACCCAAGUGGUCGAUAAUCCCGCGGAAGGACGUCAGGAGCGAUUGUCUCGAAAUUGUUUUUUUUUUUUAUUUUAUUUUAUAUAGUGAGACUUUUGUCUUUCACUUUCUACGUCGAUCUGAAAAUAUUAAGCAGGAUUAACGAGUGAUAGUAAUCGCAGUGGAUUUCUUCUUUUUUGUUUUUUUUUCUUUUUUUAAUAAUCGCUUCUUUCGAGACCCUCCACGACCGCCCGGGACUCUGCUGUGCGUAGCCUGUGUAAUUUAUUUAUGACGGAUAUUAUUACGUUUAUUAAUAUUAUUGAUUGUAUGCGGACAGGAUUAUUUAUUUAAGGAGGACGCGGCCCUGCGAGGGAGAUUUAGGGGCCGUUUAUUAAAUGAGAUACGAGGGACGAACGAGCGCGAGGGAAAUGAUAUAUGUGUAUAAAAGUCUGUAUAUGCUCGGUGCCAUACAGAACUCUGUACCGGUGUUAAAGGAUUGCGAAAAAGGGGUGGCCGGAUGUAAAGUCUGCCCAAGAUAGACGUUAAAAUGGAUUCGGAAAGGUUUCGCGAAUGUGCGUGAGACCAGAGGUCACGAAGAUUUGGUACGACUUUAAAGGGGGAAAGAAAAAGCGGGGAAGAAAAUGUCCGAGUCUCGAAGCCCUCCCCCUCGGAGAAAUCGUAGUGCCUAGACUAAUCAAUGGAAGUUCGAUUUUUCGUCGCGACCCGUUAAGAAGAGAUUAAUAACGUCUAUACACGUCGAUCGUACACGCCGGACGCAGAAAACGCGAUCCGGAUAACGAGAAAAUCGAGCCCGACGUCGCGAGGAACGGGGAGCCCUGGGAGUCGACGCCCCGUUUUCAAGAUUUUUUUACUCUCCCUCGGUAACAGGUGAAGCUCUAAAAAAAAUACCCUCGUAUUCCGGGCACUCUUAACGAAUCGGUCGAAUUUUUGCCGAUCAAUUUCUCUCGACGAUUCGAUAUGGAAAAAAAGAAAAAUAACUCCCGUCGACUCCCCGUUCUCCGACUCGACCCAGGGACGGUCGCGAGCGACGAGAAAGAAGCAAUACAAUUAAUUAAUUAAUUUAGGGAGGUAAAGGGUGCGGGAGGGCUCCCCUGACUUUGUCAAUUUACUCGAUCUGUCAAGAGAUACGUACCUAUAGGGAAUGGAAAGUUCGGGAAUAUCGGGGGAAGGAAAAAAUUGGAAACUUCUUCACCUCCCGUCUCACGUUUGCAAUCAACGCCGCCCAUGGGGGGGGCCCCCUCGCAAUUUUCCGGGGCCCCCGUCUCUUCCACUUGUUUCCUCCCUGAGAUCGAGAAGGAGAGAUCAAGGAAACGUCCUCUUCCAUCGAACCUAUUUUUUUCUAGAGGCGGGGAGGGUGUGGGCCGACACUUAUUUCCACCUCGUCUUGACAUCAGGCGAAAGUCGAAGUUGACGCUGCGUAUCUCGCGGAGGCGAUUUUCUUCCGACACCUACUGUCUAGGAUACGUGUACAUGUACAUAUAUACAUAUAUAUUAAUAUUGAUUUUAUUUUUUUUAAUUUACACUUUUUUUUUUCUUUUUUUUUCCUUUUUUGAGAGAGCGAGUGAGAGAGAUUCUGCGGGAUGAUCUGCGAAUCGUGAUGAAGGGCCACGUAAGGUCCACGUUCUCCACCUAGAGAAAUUCGGGUGAACUGUACGUGCACUUUUAUAUAUAAAUUUUUUUUAUUGUCUUUCUUUUUUUUUGAGAGAGAGAGGUGUUCGCAAGAUCGAGAGAGUCUCCGGUCACCGAGGAAACGAUCCGCGGAUUAUAUACGGAAGGGCGACGUACGAUUCACCUGAAAUAAUGCAUUUCGGCUGCAUCGUACGUCCACUUCUGCAAUUACACGGAUAGAGAGUAAGGAAUCAGGUGCGAUAAUUGUGAGGGGGGUUCGCUUAAACACCCGUUGUCUGUCCCGACUUAAUCGGCGUAGUUGGUAAUUUUUCACCGUUUUUCUAUCACGCAAGGAUACGUCUGAAACUUUCGACAGGUGUCACGUGUGCACAAUCAAUUAACAGAGAGUCAUGGUCUUGUCAUUACUCGAGCCUACAGCAUGUGACGAUUUUUUAUUCAUUUUUUUUUUCCGGUCGGAAUCGAGAGGUUUCUGUAUUUUAUUAUUAUUUUUUUUUAAUAUAACAUUUUAUCCAACCGAACGCACUCUCCUCGGUCGGAAGUUUCGGCUCCUUGCCCCUGGAUUUAAAGGAAAGGAGAGAAAAGGAGAAACAACGGUUUCGCACCCCCUUCGAUUUUUGUAAUUAAUUUCGAGGCGAUCGUGUCGCCGAGUCCCGGUAUCGAUAGCUCCGUCUCGAUAGCUCUCGAUCGCCCAAGAGCGCGACCCAGUGAUUCCGGAAAUUAAAUCUCGUUUUCCGGCCGUGAAUUUUCUCCGAAGCUCCCCUGCCGAAGGGGAGAUUAAAGAACCGAGGAUAAACCGACGGGGGGAAGAAUGCGCAGGAAAAAUCGGAGCCGCGCCCUGGAUAGGCUGUUAACGAGAAAUCCGUAAAAAACGCACUCGUUGGCGGGGCAAUGUCUUCUCGCGGGAUAAGGAGGAGCUCUGUUAAGUUUUAAUUGAUUCCCCGGAGAGGAUGAAGGUGGGGGGGGGGAACGAUGGGGAGAGAGAAAAAUUGUAAACCCCUGCGAGAGAUACGGGGCCCUAGGUUUUUUUCGGGCCCCUCCUGCGCGGCGGUCCGUUUUUAUUUUUUUACCGAUUUCUCCGAUGUCUCCCCCCCGCGCCCCCCCAGCCCCCGCUGAGAUUCUUUUUCCUUCUUCGCAAAGGGCGAGAGCUUCUUAUUCUUCCGAGGAAGAGGGAGGGAAAACCAUCCUUAAGUUAAGUAGAUAGCGAAAUGAGUGGUACGCGAGGACACGCUCCGAUUUCCGGAUCCACGCGCAUUAAUCGCAACUUACACUGUACAGUGAAACAGGUGUCAGUGAUAAGGAGAGUUCUAAGAGCCUAUAUAUUGUAAAUAUUUAAAUAAUAAACACAAUUGAGUAAUUUUUAA